ACUGAAUCUGACAGAUUGUAAACAGAAUCGGGAUGUUCGAGGCCUGGGGAAGGAUGUCCUGGUGCCACAUUGCAUUUAUCACUCACAAAAUUACUGCCUUACAGACUGCAAUGAUUUAAGUGAGGUGCUGCUUUGAAUUAGAGGCAGCACCUGUUCUAGACAGCUCCAUGUUUGCACUUGGGAUCUGCUGGACUCACUUUGCCCAUUGCUUAUACUGAAGGCUGGCUCAAUAGUCAGUCCUCAAUAGAUGCUUGAUUAACUGUGUUGGCAAAUAAUAUGACAGCCCUGGAAGUGGUUGACCAUCUAUUUCGUCACACUUCCUCUUGGGUCCAUACAGCAGAUGCUCCAUCUGCGGUGCCUUGAGGCUUCCUGAUCCUGCCCUACCUACCCUUGUGCACAUCAGGACCUGUCCACUUGUUCCGUCCCUUUGUGAGAACAAGACUGUGGAGGUGAUGGAGGGUCUGGAGGUGGAGGACAUUAGCCCUGCCCUCGAGGCCACUGAGGACUACCUUCACUGUCUUGAUGACAACCAUGGAGAUGGCCAGGUACGCCCACUGAUGCUUAAAGAGGCAUCCACCAUGGAUAAGCUGAACUCCAGUGGGGUUUGGGGGCUACUAACAGGAAAGCAAUCUGAGAUAUCACCUGGCAAUAUGGCCUGGGCAGAGCAGACAUCUUUUAGUGUACUGGGUCUUAGACAUGGAAAAAGGAACCGGGCGCAAUCUACCAAUGAUUUGGCAGCUCAUGCCAAAGAGACUAACUCCACCACAACCACAUGCAGCAGCGGCUUCAAACGUGGCCACAAUCGCUCACGUUCAGACGUCAACAACCGUAGUUACACAGAUAAUGGGAUAUCAUCCAUUGACAAGAACACACUAAAGAACAUGGCACUGAACGAACAAAUGGAUGCUCAUAAGGAGAGCAACUCUAGUCUGGUGAAGCAGGGAAUCUUGGAUCAGAGAGAGGGUCCAUGGGGACGCUGGAGCACCUGCCAUGUUGAGCUUACACCCUGUGAGCUACGUCUCUACAGCCUGGACAGCAGUGGCAACCAGCAGCUAUGUGCUGCCCUCUCACUGUCUCACUGCCAAGGGGUGAGCGCGCCCCAGCCUCAGGAUGGACGCGUGCUGCAGGCAGUUUUCUUUAACAGCACCCGUGUGCAGUUACGUGCAUCAUGCCAGUGGGAGGCACUGGAGUGGCGUAGACUCCUCUGGGAACGCGUAUUGGCUGCCCGUCCAGCACAUUGCGAAGUGGAGCCAGCUCAUGCUACCUCCCCUAUCGCCAAGCCCGAUACAGAUGCAGCCUCUGUGCCAACCCCUAGACCGCUGGUACGUCCCACAGCCCUACCACUGUUCACCCAGCACUGUGCCAAUGUUCUAAAGGCUGGCCUUCUGCACCAACUUACUGACCUCAACAACUGGAGAGCCUUUACGUUUGUGUUGAGCCGCACCGAGCUGCAGGCCUUCCCAACAGAGGGAAGGGGCCCUGUGUGGGAGCCUGUGCUGCGGUACCGGCUGGCGUCAUGUCUAGCUGUGCAGUGGGAUGAGGAAGGCUUAAAUGCUCAUUUCCAAGCAGUCUUCCCUGAUGAUGUGCUGCGCUUGCGGGCAGAGAGCGAGCCCAAAGCCCAGGACUGGUUGGAGGCACUGCGCACCGCUGUUACAGCUCAGAGGCCGCAGUUGGAGGAUUAUCAGUCAGACCCCACCGGAGUGCUGAUGAGGAGUAAGCCAGCCAGGGAGCGACAACACCGGGAGGCCCAGAGAGCUAAGCGGCAAUCCGUCACCACUAGCUUUCUAGGCAUCCUUACCUUCCUGGCUGUAGAAAAGGGUCUCACUGCUCAGAGCUUUCGUUGUGCAGGAUGUCAGAGGCCUGUGGGCCUGUCACGGGGCAAGGCCAAAGUUUGUUCUUACAGUGGAUGGUACUACUGCCCAAGCUGUCACCAGGACAACCUCUUCCUCAUUCCUGCUCGUCUUCUGCAUAACUGGGACACUAACAAACACAAGGUUUCGAAACAAGCGAAGGAGUUUCUGGAGUUUGUUUUCGAGGAGCCCUUAUUAGACGUCCAGCAGUUGAACCCAUGUCUGUAUGAGCAUUGCGAGGCGCUGGCGGCCAUUCUCAAGCUGAGACAGCAGCUGCAGUCUCUCAGGGCCUACCUCUUCAGCUGCCGUGCCACAGUGGCAGAAGACCUCCGUCGCAGAAUCUUUCCAAGGGAAUACCUGUUACAGCAUGUACACCUCUACUCAUUGGCAGACCUGCAGCAGGUCAUAGAUGGAAAGCUUGCACCAUUCCUCUCCAAGGUGAUCAAGUUUGCCAGCUCUCAUGUCUACAACUGCAGUCUGUGCCGAGAGAAGGGCUUCAUCUGUGAGCUGUGCCACAAUGGCAAGGUCAUUUAUCCAUUCCAGGAGAAUGCCACCAGAAGGUGCGAGGGCUGCGGAGCUGUCUUCCACGCCGCGUGCCGGAUGCGAGCCCAGCCAUGCCCACGAUGUGUGCGCAGAGAACUGCAUAAGAAACCAGCGUCAUUCUGGAGGAGGCACUGCCCUCACGACAGUCCUGAUGAUGAGGUGCUGGGCUGCUUUGAGCUGGACACCUGAGACUGUUUAUGAAGAGCCUUGCAGCUCUCCAAAGAGCCAAGCUGCAUGGGAGAGCCCACUGCACUAAUAACAUCCAAGUGCUGCUGUAUUCAAGAUAGACAAGCUUCUGUGAUCCCCGGUGGGAGUGCUCUCUGUUUGUUGAAAACAGAAGCAGAGGAGUUUUUGUUUUUUACUUUCUCCCUUACCUGAGAGAGAUGGGCACCGAGACAAUAAUGCUCCCGAAGAGCAGAGGCUUCAUAAUGAUACCAAUUUACCCUUCCCUUUCAUCUACCAAAUGACAGCCAGGGCCAACCGACAAAUGCAGAAACAGAACGGUCACACACUUGCACAUAAACACGCUUUCACUGACAGAUGUAAAAUAAUGCACUCACUGGCAGACACAAUUCAAGAGCGAUGAUUCAAACCAAUUUAUGGAUACAAAUAGAGCUACUAAUCCAUUAAUGGUUCUGCAAAAAUGGUGGUCUGGUUGCUACAUUUGGUUUCCCUCCAUGAUGUAGUUAACCUCCGAUGCCUUGGUGCAUAAAGAGUGAACAAAUCAAACAUCCUUAAAAUUGAAAUAUAUUUUGCUUAUCUACCUGGGUUUGGUACAUCUGCUUCCUUACAUAAACCACAAAUUCUCGUUCACAUGAUAUCAUUAUUUCACUUUUAAAGUUAUGAAGGAAAGAGUAACCACUGAUGUGAAGGGUCAGCUGGUCAUGACUGGGUGCUAUUAUUUUUUACUUAAUUUCAGUAUUGUUUUGUUUUUUCAGGUCGCUUGUGCUUUUGGGUCAUCAUAUGUUGCCAUAUAUGUAUUUGACAUUCACCUUUGCAAAUGGGGGUGUAGUGUGAAGGAAGAUUGGCAUUUGUUUUCCCCUUCCAGCUGGAGUUGAAGAGUUGCGCGGGUGUUUAUCAACACUCAGUGGCACUACCUAUAAGAAGCCGAACCAUGCUGUUCUGUUCAUGCUAACUGCUUGGGCUAUGAUUACAAAGUAUCCUUGGCCACCAAGCCCCAAAAUUACAGUCCUGAGUUCUCGGGCUUUGAUUAGCAUUGUAAGGUCUUUUUAACAAGGAAUGUAAAGAAAACAUGCUGUGGAUGAGCUAAUAAUUCAUGUUGUCUAACCGACCUCUGCUCUGGAUCCGUCUCUCUGGGUUUGCGUUUAUAGUAAGUUUCCUCGCUACUUGAACUUCGAAUUGGCAAUAAAAUCCCUUGUUUUGCUUUUAAUGCCUUAUUUGACUUCACGUUCUUUGGACAAACCUGUAAUGCAAAAAAGAAAUACUGACCACCAAAUCCUUCACCCUCAUUGUAAACCUACUUAGCUGAGUGAUGUUUCUAGGCUUUCUUUUAUAUAUUUUUUUGUCUGUUUAUGCAUACAGUAGGAGAUUAUGAAAAUUGGCAUUCCACUGGACACCUAACCAGCAAACUGAAGCUUCAGAUAUAAACAACCUUCAGCUUCAUUCUGUUUCUGUUGAUAUAAAGUGUAUUCAUCGGUUUUCUACAGUAGGUGUUACCCCUUGUACUGGACUUGAACAAUAUGGUAAGCGUUCUGACUGAAGCUAAAUGCUUGAUAUUUGACACCAUGAGGAAACGUCUUCUGAGAUGUAGUCUUUUACAGACCAACACUUUUUCAUUUAUCGAAUGAAGUGGGAGUACGUCAGCUUCAAAGUAAAUAUGAUUUGAUAACAUGUUACAUAUACUAUAGUAAGAAAAUGUUCAUUUCAAAAGAGUUUAUGUUUUACGUUUACAUUUGAACAAAGAAUACAAAAAAGUUUACUUUGAAAUGAGAUUCAGUGUUUGUUUACGUCUAGUUGUUGUUUGAUAGGAGGGUGUGAAUUAAUGGAUGGUUGUGUUCAGCUGCUUAACAUUUGAUCCUAUUUAUUGAAUCUGUAUCUCUCUGCUUGCCUUAAAUUUAAAGCCAAUGCUUUGGCCUGUUGGUGUUCACUUAUUAAUAAACUAUAAUCAUUCAGUUUGUAGGAGAAAAAUGUUUCCGUAUUUAAUCUAAUCAGAAUAUCAGGCUAUAGAAUAUAUCAUAAUAUAAUUACUUAUAUGUUGGUUUGUUAUUUACCUUACUAAAAAAUGGAAUUGCCCCUGACUGUGGGUCCUGGAAUCUGGUGAUCUCUUGUUUUCCCAUAAGAGAUCUCACCAUUUCUCCAUUUAAGCUUGAAGUAAGCCAAAUACACCUUGUUUUACAGUUUCCUCAGAAAAACUGUGAUUCUGUAGAAAGUAAUGGUGUAUUUGGGAUCUAUUAGCUUUGAAAGUUAGAUGUAUUACAUGAAAUGGUUAAUAUGACUUGGGUUGUUCACACUGCUCUGAUGCUACUUUGAAAUCAGAGAUUCUGAACACAUGGAGACAUGAUUAAUGAAAUAAAAAGGGAUCUGGUUUUUUUUUUUCAGUCAAAUCGGUCUUUUAUUUUCAUAUACAUGUUGAAGGUGUAUGUUCCUUUUUCAGCCAUCAUGUUGAUCUCGCUAUAUUAACAUAUCAGUUUUCUGUUUCUGAAAUAUUUAUUGUAUUUAUAUUCUUUACCUCAAUUUAAGUGUUUCUAUUAUUUUCUGGAGUUGCCUGUGCUCUUUUUUGUAUUUUGCAAACUCUUCACUACAGACCACCUCUUAUGCAACCACAGACAUUUGUGCUUUAUUGCUGGUGUGGGUUCCUUUUUUUUGUUUGUUUUUUUACAACUGAUGCCAAUAAAGUAAAUGACUUAACACAUUCUAACCUGUACUGAUUAUAUUUAUUUAUUUAUUUUAGAAUUUUUCGAAAUAAUUAACAUUCUGCUUGAAAUAGUUUUCUGAUCAGAACCCAAGGUGAGCCUCAGACUGGCAGCCGUGGA